GGAGGGGGCGUGGUUUCGCAGUCUCUGGGCUGCUCUGCGCCUGCGCGCGCCGGGGUCGGAGGUCGCCGCGCCGUCUGCUGUGGCGGGAAACGCUGUUUGAAGAGGCAGGAUGAAUGGCCAGCGCAGGGCCGGGCCGGGCCCCGGGGUGCCCCCAAAGCGGGCGCGCAUGGGCCUGUGGGACGAGGACGAGACCCCGCAGUCGUUGCUGGACGACGACCUGGCGCUGAUGGAGGAGAUGGAGGCCGAGCACAGGCUGCGGGAUCAGGAGGAGGAGGAGGAGCUGCAGUCGGGCCUGGAGGGCGGCGCGGACGGGCACUUCUCCCCCACGGCCGUCGACCCCCGCUGGCGGCGGCCCACCCCGCCCUCCCUGGACCCCCAGGCCGACCCCCUCGUCUUCCAGCAGUUGGAGAUCGACCACUAUGUGGGUGCAGCCCGGACCCUGCCCGGGGGACCCCCGGCGUCGCCCAACCCGGUGCCCGUGCUCCGCGCCUUCGGGGUGACGGCCGAGGGCGUCUCGGUGUGCUGCCACAUUCACGGCUUCGCGCCCUACUUCUACACCCCGGCGCCUCCUGGUUUCGGGCCCGAGCACCUGGCGGACCUGCAGCGGGAGCUGAACGCCGCCAUCAGCCGCGACCAGCGCGGCGGGAAGGAGCUCAAGGGGCCGGCGGUGCUGGGCGUGGAGCUGUGCAAGCGGGAGAGCAUGUUCGGCUACCACGGGCACGGGCCCUCGCCCUUCCUGCGCCUCACGCUGGCGCUGCCCCGCCUCCUGGCGCCCGCCCGCCGCCUGCUGGAGCAGGGCCUCCGCGUGCCGGGCCUGGGCACCCCCAGCUUCGCGCCCUACGAGGCCAACGUGGACUUCGAGAUCCGGUUCAUGGUGGACGCCGACAUCGUGGGCUGCAACUGGCUGGAGCUGCCGGCUGGGAAAUACGCCCUGAGGCCUGCGGGGAAGGCCACGCUGUGCCAGCUGGAGGUGGACGUGCUGUGGUCGCACGUGGUCAGCCACGCGCCCGAGGGGCCCUGGCAGCGGAUCGCACCCCUGCGCGUGCUCAGCUUCGAUAUUGAGUGCGCCGGCCGCAAAGGCAUCUUCCCCGAGCCCGAGCGCGACCCCGUGAUCCAGAUCUGCUCGCUGGGGCUGCGCUGGGGCGAGCCGGAGCCCUUCCUGCGCCUGGCGCUCACCCUGCGGCCCUGCGCCCCCAUCCUGGGCGCCACGGUGCAGAGCUACGAGCAGGAGGAGGAGCUGCUGCAGGCCUGGUCGACCUUCGUGAAGGCCCUGGACCCCGACGUGAUCACGGGCUACAACAUCCAGAACUUCGACCUCCCCUACCUCAUCCAGCGGGCGCAGACCCUCAAGGUGCCAGGCUUCCCCUUCCUGGGCCGCGUGGCCGGCCUGCGCUCCAACAUCCGGGACUCCUCCUUCCAGUCGAAGCAGAUGGGCCGGCGGGACGGCAAGGUGGUCAGCAUGGUGGGCCGCGUGCAGAUGGACAUGCUGCAGGUGCUGUUGCGGGAGUACAAGCUGCGUUCUUACACGCUCAACGCAGUCAGCUUCCACUUCCUGGGCGAGCAGAAGGAGGACGUGCAGCACAGCAUCAUCACAGACCUGCAGAACGGCAACGACCAGACCCGGCGCCGCCUGGCCGUGUACUGCCUGAAGGACGCGCUGCUGCCGCUGCGCCUGCUGGAGCGGCUCAUGGUGCUGGUGAACGCGGUGGAGAUGGCGCGCGUCACCGGGGUGCCGCUCGGCUACCUGCUCAGCCGCGGCCAGCAGGUCAAGGUGGUGUCUCAGCUGCUGCGCCAGGCCAUGCGGCAGGGGCUGCUGAUGCCGGUGGUGAAGGCCGAGGGUGGCGAGGACUACACGGGGGCCACCGUCAUCGAGCCCCUCAAAGGCUACUACGACGUGCCCAUCGCCACGCUGGACUUCUCGUCGCUGUACCCGUCCAUCAUGAUGGCGCACAACCUGUGCUACACCACGCUGCUGCGGCCCGGCGCCGCCCAGAAGCUGGGGCUGACGGAGGAGCAGUUCAUCAAGACGCCCACGGGGGACGAGUUUGUGAAGGCGUCGGUGCGCAAGGGGCUGCUGCCGCAGAUCCUGGAGAGCCUGCUCAGCGCGCGCAAGAGGGCCAAGGCCGAGCUGGCCAAGGAGACGGACCCCCUGCGCCGCCAGGUGCUGGAUGGGCGGCAGCUGGCUUUGAAAGUGAGCGCCAACUCCGUGUACGGCUUCACCGGCGCCCAGGUGGGCAAGCUGCCCUGCCUGGAGAUCUCGCAGAGCGUCACGGGGUUCGGCCGGCAGAUGAUCGAGAAGACGAAGCAGCUGGUGGAGUCCAAGUACACGCGGGAGGGCGGCUACAGCGCGGACGCCAAGGUGGUGUACGGAGACACGGACUCUGUCAUGUGCCGCUUCGGGGUGUCCUCGGUGGCAGAGGCCAUGGCCCUGGGGCGGGAGGCUGCCGACUGGGUGUCCGGCCACUUCCCACCACCCAUCCGGCUGGAGUUUGAGAAGGUCUACUUCCCCUACCUGCUGAUCAGCAAGAAGCGCUAUGCCGGGCUGCUCUUCUCGUCCAAGCCCGAUGCCCACGACCGCAUGGACUGCAAGGGGCUGGAGGCCGUGCGCAGGGACAACUGCCCCCUGGUGGCCAACCUCGUCACUGCAUCGCUGCGCCGCCUCCUCAUUGACAGGGACCCGGAGGGUGCCGUGGCGCAUGCGCAGGAGGUCAUCUCGGACCUGCUGUGCAACCGCAUCGACAUCUCGCAGCUGGUCAUCACCAAGGAGCUGACGCGCGCGGCGGCCGACUACGCGGGCAAGCAGGCGCACGUGGAGCUGGCCGAGAGGAUGAGGAAGCGGGACCCCGGGAGCGCCCCCAGCCUGGGCGACCGCGUCCCCUACGUGAUCAUCAGCGCCGCCAAGGGCGUGGCCGCCUACAUGAAGUCCGAGGACCCCCUGUUCGUGCUGGAGCACAGCCUGCCCAUAGACACGCAGUACUACCUGGAACAGCAGCUCGCCAAGCCCCUCCUGCGCAUUUUCGAGCCCAUCCUGGGCGAGGGCCGCGCCGAGGCCGUGCUGCUGCGCGGCGACCACACGCGCUGCAAGACGGUGCUGACUGGCACGGUGGGCGGCCUGCUGGCCUUUGCCAAGCGCCGAGACUGCUGCAUCGGCUGCCGCUCGGUGCUCAACCACCGGGGAGCCGUGUGCAAGUUCUGCCAGCCCCGAGAGUCAGAGCUGUACCAGAAGGAGGUGUCGCACCUGAACGCCUUGGAGGAGCGCUUCUCGCGCCUGUGGACGCAGUGCCAGCGCUGCCAGGGCAGCCUGCACGAGGACGUCAUCUGCACCAGCCGCGACUGUCCCAUCUUCUACAUGCGCAAGAAGGUGCGCAAGGACCUGGAGGACCAGGAGCAGCUGCUGCGGCGCUUUGGGCCGCCGGGGCCCGAGGCCUGGUGACCGACUGCGGUGGGGGGCGGGGGCGGAGACAGUGAAUAAAGUUCUGGCUUUUUG